AUGGUGGAAUGUGACAUCCGGGUACCAGAAGAAUGGCCAUCGAACUUUCGACAUCCGACCAUGUCUCCAUACCAAUACUUUGAGGAAAUGUCGCCAUUGUUCUGUACCACCGACGUACCUUUCCAAGUCAUCGGGGAGCACAUGCAAGACCACGUUCGCCGUUUCGAGUUGUCGGAAAAACCUCGUCGACUGCUGGUGGGGGGCAUGCGAGGACGCCAGAUGUUAAUCGCCGCUCCGCUCCUGAAAUGGUACAUCGAACACGGCAUGCUCGUCACCAAGAUAUACCAAGUCGUGGAAUUUAAACCGAAGCGAAGUUUAAGGGAUUUCGUUAACGUCGUCAGCGACAAUCGACGACUGGGAGACGCCGAUCCCGACAAGACCAUCAUCGCCGAAACCUCCAAACUUCACGGCAAUAGUGCUUACGGCGGAACCAUCAUGGACCAGGAAAAAUUUAAAUCGGUGACGUACGUGGAAGGCGAAGGGCGGGUGAUGUUAGAAGCAAACAAGCCACAAUUUAAAAAGAUGACCACCCAAUUGGAACAGGACGAGUAUUUCGAAGUGGAAAAAUCGAAAGAGAAAUUGGACAUCAACCUUCCCAUCCAAAUCGGCUAUUUCAUCCUACGGUAUGGCAAACUAAGAAUGUUAGAGUUCUAUUUCGAUUUUCGGGACGUGUUUGCAGACCGCUCCGAUUUUCAGUACUGUGAAAUGGAUACCGAUUCCGCAUACAUGGCCCUGUCCGGACCCGACUUGGCCAGCAUCGUUAAACCACACACGCAAGACGCCUACCAACGCCAACUGAUCGGAUGUUGCCGAGACGAUUUUGAACCCGAUUGGCUCCCACGUACGUGUUGCACCAAACAUGCCAAGUACGAUAAGAGGACCCCCGGACUAUUUAAAGUGGAAUACGAGGGUGACGUCAUGAUCGGACUAUGCUCCAAGACCUAUAUCGUUCAAAAGUCCAAGCUCGUCUACACUUCGAACACAAAGAUGACAGCCUUUCGACUUCUCAGACGUGCCAAGAAGCUCCCACCGAAGCGCCUCAUCCAUCGUCCGCGUCUCGUCCGGGAUGUCAAAUUCAGUUCAAAAGGCGUCACCAAGAGACGGGUCAAGGCACCCAUGACCACCUUUCGCCACGUCCUCAAUACACAACGCGUGGGAAACGGAUCGCUUAAAGGAUUCCGAGCCAGAAACAACGGCAUAGCCACUUAUGAACAGACUAGAAAUGGCUUCUCUUAUUUUUACUGCAAGAGGAAAAUUUUAAGCGACGGUGUGAGCAGUGUUCCUCUCGAUUUAGAACUGUGCCCCGUUCCCAUGGAAAUCGACGAAAGCGAAACGCCCAUGGAAAUAAACGAGCCCAACUAUGUUGGUGUAACCACACAACAGCCUCUAACUACAGAAAAACCAAGUCCUGGAUCCACAAACCCUACUACGGAGACACCAGACCCUACCCCACCAGGCACCAAAUCAAUGGAUCCUGAAACCACUGGAUAUAUGAUAUGGGGGAUAAUUACCACAUUAAUAUUAUUUGUUGGAAUUGCUGUUGUUUGGUGUAAAAGACAUAAAUCACCUACUGCUUAUACUGUUAUACCACCAUCAUCAUCAUUACCCCUCCCUGAUACACCACCUGCAUUUUCAUUUAUGACCCCCUCACCAUCACCAUCAUCAUCCCGCAUUCACACUCCUACGCCACUCCUCAGACCCCCACAUGUCAGUAUCGAGGAUGAGGAGGAACCAAUAGCGAAAAGAACAAGAAGCUCAACCAAGAAGAAACUUAGGUACAAAGAGAGCAAAGAGGAACAAACUGAAUUGUAA